CGAUCUUGUGUACAAUCAGAAAGUUAAGAAAAAUAGAAGCCUAUUAACAUUAAUGAGACAAAUGCUAUUAUUUACAGAUAAUGGCUAUAGCAUUAAAUAAUUCUCCGUACUCACUCAGAAAGCGUUUUAGACAAGAAGAAGAGUAUGAAGCAAAUCAAAAAACCAGAGAAACGAAACUAUUACUCGAUUUGCGAGAGGGAACUGUACUAACACGCACACCUCUCAAUUGGCUCAGUAUAAUCAUAUUCUAUAUAAUAUUUUUUAUAUGUCUGGCCCUUUUUUGGCUUUUAUGCUAUCUAAUAUACUCAUUAACAAUAGAAGAAUUAACACCAAGAAGAGCCAUGGAAGAACCUGGAUUCAGUUUUUACCCUCGCCUAAAGGAUCAGAAUUCUCCUAAUAUAGAAUUUAGAGAAAAUUAUCAUAAAGAAAUGCUCCCCUACAUCACAGAAAUAAAGAAAUUUUUUGCAAAAUUUGAUGCAGAAGAAGGAAAUCGAUAUGCGGGCUGUGAAGCGAAAAUCGGCUUUGGAUAUAAUGACAAUGAACCAUGUGUAUUUCUUAAAAUUAAUCGUGCGAUUGGUUUUAAAGCGAAAACUUACGAUGAUGCUGCCGAUUUACCUUAUUUUGCUCCUGAUUCUUUAAGAGCGCAAAUAACUGCAAAUUCUGCAAAAGGAAAAAGUCCGAAUGAAAAUAAAAAUAAAAUCUGGAUAACCUGUGAUGCUGAAAACCUUGAUAUGAAAUUUAUACCAACGAAUUCGUAUGAUUCGGAAAAGAUUUAUGUUGACAAAAAAAUUCAGUACGAUAAAGAGACUCAAAGACAUUCUGGCACAUAUAAAUUUUAUGGCAAACUAGAUUUUGAUCGUGUUGUAGCUCUAAAAUUUACUAAUGUGACUCGUAAUAAAAAAAUUUUGGUGAGAUGCUUAUUAUGGGCUAAGAAUAUUUUUCAAGAUGUCGAUCAUAAUGGAGAGUCAGCGAUUCAUUUCCAUAUUAAAAUUGACUCCCUAAAAUCUCAACAUGGAGACGGUUCAGAUGAAUCAGGUAACCAGGAUGAGUCCAAACCUGCAUCUUCUGGUCCUUCUGCGCCUCCCACUUCUGCGCCUCCCGCUCCCGCUCCUCCCGCUCCCGCUCCCGAUACUCCCCCUUCUGAUCCAAAAGUAAGUCUCUCCGCAGAACCAAAAUAAACUACUACAGAAAUGUAAAAUACUAAUAACACUAAUAUUAUAAAGGUGGGAAACAUGAUACCUAGGCGUCGCUAACGAAAAUAUUGUGAAUUGUGAAUAAUA